AUGGUGGAUUCUGACGAUGAAUCUGGUCCGCAAGACGAUCACGGGGCAAACGAGAAUGAUGCAGAAGAGACGAAGGCUGAGGAAUCUGAGGAGGGGAUUCCCUUUGGCCCUGACAAUCCUGGUCCUUUUUUCCCCGAACAAAUCACUCCCCGCAACUUUGUUACAUGUAUUCAAGAAGCCAUUCCGAUGACUCCUUGGACAACAUAUGGUAAUGUGAUUCCGCCUCUUAUCAAAUCCCUUGUUUUUGAUGCGGAAUCCAGCAGUCUUGCAAGGAAGUACAAAGUAUGGCAUCAAAACUUCUUUAAUAUGCGCCGGAUCACAAGAUUGAUACAUCGAAGGUAG